AUGGCCGAUAUCAGAAGGAAGCUAGUCAUCGUUGGUGAUGGUGCUUGUGGCAAGACCUGUCUGCUGAUUGUCUUUUCGAAAGGAACAUUCCCUGAGGUCUACGUGCCCACCGUUUUCGAGAACUAUGUGGCGGAUGUUGAAGUCGAUGGCAAACAUGUCGAGUUGGCGUUGUGGGAUACGGCUGGGCAAGAAGACUACGAUCGUCUUCGCCCCCUCAGUUAUCCCGACUCCCACGUCAUCCUCAUCUGUUUCGCCGUCGACUCGCCUGACUCGUUAGAUAACGUCCAAGAAAAGUGGAUUUCCGAAGUCCUCCACUUCUGCUCUGGGCUGCCCAUCAUCCUCGUCGGCUGCAAGAAGGACCUCAGGAAGGACCCGCGUGUGAUUGAGGAGCUCAGAAAGACGAGCCAGCGGCCGGUUACCCCGGAAGAGGGCAUGGCUGUUGCCCAGAAGAUUGGUGCCAGACAUUAUUUGGAAUGCUCCGCCAAGUCGGGCGAGGGAGUGCGCGAGGUGUUCCAGUAUGCCACCCGUGCUGCGCUCCUGACCCGGUCCAAGGGGAGCAAGAAGCACCAUUGCAUUGUCUUGUAG